AUGAGAAUAAUUCUAGUUGGAUGCGGAGGAACAGGAGUGGAGCUGCUGAAGCUUUUAGGAGAUAGGGCAAGCGAGAUACUUGUGGUUGACCACGACAGAAUCAAUCUGACCAAUCUCCACAGGGUGUUUAUGUUUACCAAGCAAGACCAGGGGGAGUACAAGUCGCAGAAGGCUGCAGAGUUCAUGAACAGGAAGUAUGGAGGCAGCGUGAGUUUCCUGAGGCAGAGGAUAGAGGAGAUACCCAUUGACGUGCUGGAUCGAUACGAUGUGGCUCUUGGGGCUCUUGACAACAUUGAGGGAAGGAUGAGCCUGAAUCUGAUGUUCAAAAGGUCUAAGUGCAAGCUUCUUAUUGACUGUGGGAUAAGUGGAUAUAAGGCGCAUGUAAAGGCAGUCUAUAGGGGGUCCUCAUGCCUAUACUGCAUCCGGGAGCUGUACAGAGAGGAGGGUUCUGGGGCCUGCUCGUUGGGAUCCUUGCCUCUGGAGGUGACGCCUGCAAACAGAGAAAGAGUGCUCCGGUCUCUGGUGGAGCUUAGGAGAGAUGGAUCUGGAAGCAGGGAGGAGAAGAUCAGGAAAAUAGUCGAUGAAUUCAAUGCUCUCGCAGGAGAAAGCCUGAGAACAGAUGCACUUGAUGUUACCGGAGCGUACGACGAGACAAUGCCAAAUGUGUGUUUUAUUAAUUCUGUGUGUGCAAGCUUGGCCUGCGAAUUGCUGGAUGCGACAGAUCGAUACUAUGACUUUAUGUUCUACAGCGCAGAGGAAGGCAUCCUCCUUAGAAAGCUGCUUCUCAGCAGGGACAAAGAGUGCAUCGUGUGCAGUCUAGAUGUCUAG